AUGAAAAAUUCUCAAAAAUAUUGUAUUUUGGGAUAAUUUUUAGAGAAUAGUCAUUUUAUGCCAUCUCUAAACUCUUUUAAUAGCAAAGUAAACUUGAAAACUUAACUAAUAACUAUAAGAGAAAGUGAAGAUAUUAAAAAAGUACAGAAAAAUUAAAUAAGCGGCAAAUAAUAAGAAGUUAUAUAAGAUAAUGUAUGAAUAUUGAAUUAUAGUAUAAGAGAAUGUUUAAAAAAUAUGAAGGAAGCAUCCAUUCUUAUAGAAGUCCUUAGAACUGUGUUAUAAAAGGUAAUACAUAAAUAAAAGAGACAGAUUUAAUAAACAAGGUAAGUUCUCGGUUGUUAUCACCUAAAUAAUAGAAGGAAGUAAUUGAAUAUUUACAAAAAAAAAAUGAGUAAUUGGUUGAAGAGAACAUAUAGAAAUAACAAAUAAUAAACAGAUUGAUGGGAACUGAUGAUAAUUAAAAGAGAAUCAAAUAAUUUAAAUUAUGCAAAGGGAAUCAAAUUUUACCUUAGAUUCCAAAAUCAGUAGAAUCUAAAAGAAAUAAAGGGGAGGAGAUUAGAUUUCGUUAAAUAAAGACUCCAGAAUAAUAAAUAGAUGAUAGAAAGAGUAGAAUAGAUAUUUUAAAGGAAUAGAUAAGAAAUGAACAAUAAAAUAUAUUCAAUGUGAGUUUUGGUAAUAAGAUGGAAUAGAAUGAAGGUACUUAUUUAUAAAUAAAAUAAAGCUCCUUGUAAAAUUAAAAGAGUAAAUUUUUUGGAUAAAAGAUAGUCUCAUCCAAUUCAAUCAGCUAAAAAGUUACACUUUUAGAAAUUGUUAUAAAAGUUACCAUAAGAAUUUCAUUUAGAAAUUGAAUAUCAUGAACAGAUUUAAAUCUGA